AUGGCCCUUCUCUCUCUCCUUCCGAUCCUCCUCCUCCUCCCAUUUCCCACCGUCUCCGCCGUCGGAAUAAACUACGGCACACUUGGCAACAACCUCCCUCCACCCAAAAAAGUCGCCCAACUCCUCCAAGCCACCCUCAUUGAUAAGGUCAAAAUCUACGAUACCAACCCUCAAAUCCUCCAAGCCUUUUCCAACUCCGGCAUCGACGUCAUAGUUGCCGUCGAGAACAACCAUGUCGCUAACAUAAGCUCCACCAAGUCUGUCGCCGAGGACUGGUUCUCCGCCCGUAUCGCCCCAUUCAUCCCCGCCACCUCCAUUGUCGCCAUUGCCGUCGGUAACGAGUACUUAGCCACCGAUGACGAUGACAUGGACCCUAAUUCCCUUAUUCAAGCCAUGCAAAACCUCCAUGAAGUUUUGUUAUCCCGUGGACUUGACCGGAAAAUCAAGAUCACCACCCCACAUAGCAUGGCGGUGUUAGCCACCUCAUUUCCGCCAUCUGCCUCCACCUUCGCCACCACCCUCAUGCCGACAAUGACCUCCAUCGUCGCCUUCUUAGCUGACACCGGCUCACCCUUCAUGGUCAACGCCUACCCUUACUUCGCUUAUCGCGACAACCCCACUACGGUCUCACUAGAAUACGCCCUGUUCGGGAACGCAACUGGGGUCCACGACCCCAAAGGAUACGUCUACACAAACAUGUUAGAUGCUCAGAUCGACGCAAUCCGUUCAGCCAUUGUUUCACUGGGAUUCGGAAACAGAUCAGUCCAUAUCACAGUUUCCGAAUCCGGAUGGCCCUCAAAAGGCGAGCCAGGUGAGAGUGCAGCCUCGCCAGACAAUGCAAGAACCUACAACAGUAGGUUAAUCACGAAGGCCCAAUCAAACAAAGGGACCCCAAUGAAACCAAAUGACAAAAUAGACAUAUUUCUAUUUGCAUUAUUUAAUGAGAACAAGAAAGAAGGGGGUUCAAGUGAGAGAAACUUUGGGCUCUUCAAUGGCGAUGGUUCGAAGGUCUAUGAUGCGGACUUAAGGUGUGAGUUUUGUAGUGGGUCAAAGAUGGAUUUUGGGUUCGAGUCAGGGUCUAAGAUGGUGCAAAGGGGUCCAUCGGUUUGGUGUGUGGCUAAGCCACAUGCAGAGGAGAGGGUGGUUCAGGGUGUGUUGGAUUUCUGUUGUGGGCCAGGUGGUGUGGACUGUAGGGAUGUUUAUGAAAAUGGGCCUUGUUUUGGGCCCAAUAAGGUUCAUGCACAUGCAUCAUAUGCAAUGAAUGCAUAUUAUCAAAUGCAUGGGAGAAAUUAUUGGAAUUGUGAUUUCAAAGGAAGUGGUCUUGUCACCUUCAGUGACCCAAGUUAUGGAACAUGCAAAUACUCCCAAGAGUAGCAACAAGACCUGGAUGGAAAACGAAAGCAUUUGGCCAUAUAUCGGUAUCGAGCAACCAGUUAUAAUAUGUAAACUACGCAUUAGAAGUCAUACAAACACAUUUAAUUAGACUUCUAGUGUUGUGUAUUGGUUUCGUGAAAUUAUUAUCAUGCAGUUAAGAUUUCAAGCAUCA